AUGGAGUCCACUUCGGGUAGGGAACUUGUCACUGUAGCGUCUUUAGACCACGGGGUAGGUCAUGGGGGGACGUCCGAGGUGGAUAGGUAUGCCAUGGCCGAGGCGGACGUGGAUUAUACCCAGGAGUGGGGGGCUUCUAGAGUGCCCUCAAACAUGACGGGGAAGAGGUUGGGGGAGCUUAGGGAGAGGUACAAUAAAUUCAAGAAGAGGGAGUACCCAGCUCCAGACAUGGCCUCUAUCUUGAAGGCCACUUCUACUGCAAAGGCGAGGCCCCUGAAGCCCGGGUCCAGUGGAGCAAAGGAAGUUCGAGGCAGAGUUGAGCACCUGUCGAAGGACUGCACUCCUAGGACCUUGGAGGAGGCAUCUACUCAGAGGCCAGAGAAGCCUAAGGAGCCUCGAGGCAAGGAGAAAGUCUCUGAGGAGACUAAGAAGAGGAAGCUGGUGCACAUCUCCAGCUCAGCUGGCACGUUUGGGACUUCAGUGUCCCAUAGGGCAGAACAAACUGGAGAGUCGAAGCUUCUCGCUGCAACCUCUAAGGCCAUCAAAAUGGAGAUGGUAAGAGAGGUGGAGGCUGAAGAGGCCAGGGAAGAGGCUGCCAGGCGAGCUGCUGAAGCAGCCGAAGAGGAGGCGGCGAAGGAGAAGCCAGUUCGGGAGAAGGGGAAGUCUCCAAACUUCCUAGCUGGGAGGGAGGAUGAGCUGGCCCCAGCUUUGGUGGAGGCUCUUCCUGAGCAAAUCCGAGGUGCCACCGAGAGCUUUUACAAGUUCUGGACAGAGAGGUGGCAACUACAUGCCUCGUCUUGUGAUGCCACUGACCUCACGAGGGCACUGGUGAGCCAAAGCGCCCGGACCUUUGGCCUCGCGCUAGAAUGCAGAGAGGCAUUAAGUGAAUUCCAAACAAGGACUCACGCCUCGGAGGGGAAGGCUGCUUCCCUUGCUGAGGAGGUGAAAGCUGCUAAGGCCGCGGCCGAAGAAGCCAAAGUGCAGAGGGUCGAAGAAGCGGCGAAGCUCGAUUCUGCCCUGACCCAAAUUGAGGCCCUAAAGAGGGAAGCGAAUCUCGCCUUGGCCGGCGCUCGUGAUGCCAAUCAGUUUCUCGAAGGCCAGGCGAAGUGGUACAUGAACGACGCCUCGGUUGCCAGAGAAGAGGCCCGGAAUGCAGCGGAAGAGGCGGUGAGGGCAUACAUCGCCAAUUUCCACACUACAGAGGAGUAUAAAAGCUUCAGCGCGUACUGGAGGAACUUCGCCUAUGCCGAAGUGCUGGAGAGGGCAGAGGAGCUUUAUCCAAACUUGGACCUGGCACAACUUAGGUCCGAAUUUGUGGAUGAGGUUCCUCAGACCCCAGCUGAGGAGGUGCAGGGUGACGAGGCAGCUGAUGCCGAAGCCCCAAAUGCUGAGGCAGGGGAAGCAACCACUGAUGCCCAGGUUGCCGAACCCCCAAGUGCUGAGGUGCCUCCUUCAUCCAGCCAGGUUUAG